AUGCCAAAUCUUGUCAUCUCGAAGGUGAAGUCGACGACAAGAAGAGCGGACUCUCUUCGGGUGUUGGUUGACUCGGGCGCGUCGAACAACUUUGUUCGACAGCAACGUCUACCCUUGUUGGACUUCGAGGAGAAGCAUGUGCCUCGAAGUCAGUUGGAAGUACGAUUGGCAACGGGCGCUAUCGUAAAGACCGAGAAGCGCGUUAUUCGCGCACACUUCUCGCACAAACACCGGAUGUUUGUGGAAGAACUUAUCGUCCUGGACUUGGACGACAAGUUCGACACGGUGUUGGGCAUGCCGUAG